GUUUGUCAGACUUGAAAUCCGAGGGAGAGGAGCUAGCCGCCAUUUUCCUAGCGUCGCUCCCUCUGCAACAACAACAAUAAAAAUCGGCCAAAUCGACAAAAAACGCCGAACUAAAGCCGGCAGGGAGCUUUUUUUGAACUGGAGAGGACUCACGGCUCGCAAAACGUCGUCCAGGACUGGAUAAUACUGGGUUAUUUUUCUCUUUUUUGCUGUGUGUUCGUGGCCUUUGUGGCUGAAGCAGGGCGAGCAGGUUUGGUUCCUUUUAGCUUCGCUGCCCCGUUUUUUUCUUUCGCCCAUUUCGUGACUGCAAAACGCAGCGUGACCGAAAACGGAGACCCGCUGGAGCCGGAGCUCCACCGGAGAGAAGGAGCGAAGCCACAACAGUCCAGAACACACCUGCAGCUGGAUCAUUUUAUUUCGCGCUUAUUUUCUCUUUUACGUUUUAAUUCUCAAACUGCGGAGAUUCGUUACCGAAAUUCCCCCGGAAUCGGCUCCCUCAUCACGUGGCUGUCCUUGGGCGUGACGGUAGGUGGGUGGUGUGGAGCUGGCCUCAGCACCGGGAGAGGCCCCCUCGCCCGCCCCCUCCCAGCGCUGCAUGGCUGCAAUGGCGCCCGCUUUAACCGACGCGCCGGCCGAAGCUCACCGCAUACGCUUCAAACUGGCUCCGCCCUCCUCCACUCUCUCCCCUAGUGGUGUGGAGGGAAACGGUGGCACCAGCCACAUCCUUGUUUCCAGUAACGGCACGGUCAAGCGCAAGGCCUCGGAAGAGCGCGCUCUCCGUGGGGCAGGCUCUUGCAAGCGAGAGGAACCAGCUCGGGUAGACGCAUCACAGACGCAUUUGGGUAAGAUCCAGCCGCUCGUUACUUCGUACCGCUGCUCGGAUGUGAUAUCCAUGCACUCGCCGAAGGAGUCCCUAAAGCUGCAAGGUGUCCUCUUGCAGAAUCACAGUAUCCUGCCUGGUUUCUUACCACGCAAACACCAGGCCUUGGAGCUUUCUGAGGAACAGUUCAAAAGCAUCAUGAGUGGAGGGAGUGGGAGUGGACCAUGUGGCCCACCUGCUCUACAGGGUACCCCUGUGAAUGGCAUGGCUAAGAAAUUGACUAAACCAGGUCCUGACAACAGAGAAAAUACCUUGACCUUGAAUGGAGGCAGACAUGCUGGACAGGAGUCGCUUCUUCAGUCUCAAGUUGUUGCCUCACAUAGGGGGCUGAUGGGAAAUGGCCCUCUUAGAGGUGGCACUGAACAACACCAGUGCACUAGAGAUGUAUCCCAGGACCAUCCCAGUAACCAAGAAUCCCUUUCUUCCUUUUCUCCCUCUAUUGCGCCUUCAGACCUUGACGAGGAAAAGGUUUCAGACAGAUUGCCUUCACUUACCACGGACACUUCAGUUGUUUCUCCUGCAGCACCGCAGUACCCACUAGGCAGCGUAGGAGCGGAGCUGCGCGACCGGACCCAGCAAAGCCAGAGCCGACAGGGUGAGAUCGAGGGUCGGCUACGACGAUUGCGCAAACGGCUGCAGGUAGUACAGGCUAAGCAAGUUGAGCGUCACGUGCAACAGCAGUUGGGGGGACUACUACGGAGCACACUGGGACCUCUGGAUGCCUUGCGGCAGCAGCAGGGACGCCACAGUACGGAGCCACUCACACCUCAGGAGAGAGACAGGCUUGGCCGUUUUCUAAAAGGAGGUUCAGUGCCUGCUGAGUUAGAGCGUCUCUCACUCAACUGCACCACCAACCUGAGGUCUGCAGAAAACGCCUUCGAUUCGGAUGCUACCGAAAGCAGCUCUGGAGGGGAGACAGACGUGGAAGAGGAUGAGCUUGCCAGGGUGGACAUCGAGCAACGGUACAUCCCUCUUUGGAGGAGGGCUGAGGGACGUUAUGCUGUAGAUCGAGCUUCCAUCAUCAGUCACUGGAACUGGCUUCAGGCCCACGUCUCUGACCUGGAGUAUCGCAUCCGCCAGCAGACUGACAUCUACCGCCAGAUCCGUGCUAACAAGGGCCCAGUUGUACUGGGGGAGAGUUCAGUGUGCGAGUCAGUAGCAGAGGACAGUGGCUUGUCAAGGACAGACACCAUCUCCUGGCCUGCCUCACAGGCCCGUGAUGUUGACUGGACAGAGGGGUCCGUAUCGGCCUAUGGUAUUGCCAUGGAGACAAACCUACGUAAAGGGUGCGCGCCUGUUCGGCAAGUUAAUGGAGUCAUCAACAGUUUGCGGGCUAGUUCUCCAGAAAGUGCAGAGCUAGAGGAGCAGCUCAGGUUACAGCAACGGUCCAGCUCUGUUCCAGACAGCAGUUGUGUGGCAGCACGCUCUCGGCCCCUGUUAUCCUGCAAGAGACGACGCCUGCUUCGACCCAGCUCCAUCACCAACCUUAACCGCAAGGUUCAGAAGCAGGCUGGGACUGGACGGUGUGGCUGCGAGGUCAGUGGUCAGUGUGUGAUGUGUUCUGGGCGUGCUCUAGCUCCUGUGGACGCUCAGUUCCAGCUCCCCCUGCUGGACAGGCUUGCUCAGUUUGACCCCUGUGUCCAUCCCAUACUUUCAUUCUCUGAUGAUGUGGGCAUAAGUCUACACUUGCAACGCGUGAUGAAGUGUCACUGGCAGGGUCGGUCGCUCGAGAAGAUCAAACCCAUCAAGAAACUUUCACUCAAACACAAGCUCCCUCUGAGCAGCCGUCUCCCUGAACCUUCACCCUCGUCUUCCUCCAAAGACAAACAUAAGCUGACCAACUCACUCCUCUCUGCAGUCCGUUUGUCCCAUCACAAAAUUCGCCCUGAGAAGUUGCUUCGACAGCAGAGUGAUGGAGGCGAAUCUCGUCAGCACUUCCGCCCAGAGCGCAGCCACACUGCUUUCGACAAGAGCCACAGCCGCAAAAGACCCCGCGAACACUCACUGGAGCGCACAGAGAAUGCACCCAAGUUAUAUAUGGAGGUGAGCAGUCCAUGCCCAUCACUGCCCAGCCUGAAUACUCCCAUCCACAGUCCUCUGGUCAGACAGCUGUCCUCUUCUGAGAGCCCCUCGCCCUGCAGCCUUCACAAUACCACCCCGCAACCAAUUCGUCGGAGGAGAGGAGAAAGUUCAUUUGAUAUCAACAACAUUGUCAUCCCCAUGUCUGUGGCAGCCACCACCAGAGUGGAGAAACUGCAAUACAAAGAGAUCCUCACACCAAGUUGGAGAGAGAUUGACGUUACUGCGAAAACUAUCUCUGAAGAAGACGACUCUGUGGAGAUUGAAGAUCUCUCUGAUGCGGUGUUCUCCCAGCUGCAUUUCACGAAUGAAGAGCAGGAACGUUCCCGGUGGAGCUGGACAGCCAGUGCCAUCGCCAAGAGGAGGGGUAGUCGGUCUUACAAGUCUGUGGAUGGCCGGACCACCCCACUGCUGGGCGGCACGAACCCUUCUACACCACAGCCUUCUUCCCCUGACACAGCACAUUUCCACCUGCUGCAGGAUUACAGCUCAGCAACCUCUCCCUCCAGCCCUGCUAGCCCAGAGCUGCUGAUGUUCUCUGGCCUGCAUACCCCUGGUCCCCGAGACUCACACCGUCUACUGUCCAACGAGGACACGCGUUGCUCCACACCUGACACCAUCUAUGAGGAGAUGGUUUCCCAGCCAGUGCAGCCAUGGGAACGCCGGACUUUCCCUCUGGACAUCGAUCCAGAGCUGGAGCCCAAGGACCAGAGCAGCCCUGCCAGUGAGCGGUCCUGUCGAACCAUGCGCAGAAUCUCUGGCUGCAAAACCGGCUCUUCCAAAUCAGAGUCGGACGCUGGGCCUCCAUCGCCACUCCCUGAAGACAACAGCAAACAGAAAGCCACCCCACACAAACACACUCACCGGUGAAGCUUGGACAUAAAAACCUUCAGACUCAGACCCCAACCUCCACCAGCUUUCAGAAAGAAUGACACCAACAAAAAUAUAUACAUGUAUGGGGGGAAAAAUAGAAUAAACUCCUGUUGUUUGAUAUUCAAACAUCAGUUAAUUCUUUCACAGUUUUUAGUGAAUUGUAUGGAAAUGUAGAGACCUGUUUUAAUUAUUUUCUCUGCUUUUCUUUUGGGUCACUGGAAAAUAAACUGUGUAGGAAAAAGGAAGGUGAAAGUGAUUUAAGCAUAGCAAGAAUCAGUGUCCGAAGUACUGAUGUGCAGUUGCCCAGCUUUCUAAAAAGACUGAAGAGAUUGUAUUGGUUGUAUCAAACCAAUGGGUGGACCACAAGGUCCAUAUUAUCUCAUCUUAGGUACAACCCCCACUGAAUGACUAAAUUAAAAAAAAAAAAAAAAAAAACACGCACACAAAUAUUUGACUAAGUGUCAUGCCUUUCCUCUUUGUUUAUCCUUUAUCUUUGGUUUAGCACUUCAUUAUGUUUUCUCUACCUGACCCCCAUUCAUUACACACUGCAUUAUAUGGAAUUAUAUCAACUCAGCAUCUUUUAUAAGGGGCCAGCUUUAAUUGAAGUCUAUUGUUAAUCAGCUCCCUGGUUUGUGUGUCUUUUGUUUUUAGUACACUUGGAUGCUUGUAAAGGUUUUAGUAGCCACGCUAGUCUGUCAGAGCCCCAUUUCUGUCAGUGUAACUGGUAUGACGCAACAUGCUUUGUGUGCAUCUAAUAAUUGUAGAAGUGCUGGUCUGGUCUCAGCUGCACUUUGAGUAAUUCUAUUGAUCAGGUCAUGUAAAAACUGAUCCCAGAUCAGCACUCGAGCCAUUUGAUCCAUAUUAACCCUGGUGUAAGGAUUAUGUAAGCAGUACUUCCCUCUGCUGCACUGCUACUGUUUUACAGGCAAAAGUGAAGUUCAAGCACUUAACUUGAGUUUCUUUCUUUUAAUCCUAGUGCUCGUCAGUGUUUGGGGAAUAAUGCCCAUACACAAUGCCACAGGCUGCUUAAUGCCAGAUUGAAAUGUCAUCUCUGUUGCACUCUGAGGCUUAGCACUAUUCUCUCAGUCAUUCCACAAAAUUGGCUUGCAUUGUAUAUUUGAAUUAUGUUCUUGUGGCACUUUGGAAUCAGAUUCCACUUUUGAGAAAUGAACCCAAAAUUCAUGGUGAAAUAACUCCACUGCACAUUAAUCAGAUUUUGAUGACUCACCCACUCCCCUUUCAUUUUUGUCAUCAUGGAGUUUUAUGUUUCUCUCUGUAGAGAUAACCAGCCAUGUAAAGCUGGAUGAACGCAUAACAGAGAUCUGCUGGCUUGACUGAGGUAGUUUUUGUUAUUUGGCUUUCUCACCUGACCUGUGUUUGUUAGUCAUUCUUUUUUUAAUUCCAGUACCCGGGCACCUCUGUUUUCUCAGCUACACUAUUUCCUUUUUUCUUUAUCCAAAUGCCACCUUAAGAAGAUCUACAGAGACUAUCAGCUACUUUCCUGUAUUCUAGUAGUUUUCAGCUACUUUCCCCACUAGGAGUACCCGAACAUGAUUGACGAUGGUCUGUCUCUGUGCUUGGGGUUUUAAACACCCACCAAGCAGACUCAAUGUACAAUAGGAGUUUGGUUAGCUUUCGAAAGCCAAUAUUGUAUUGUGUGGGUUAUUUUCAUACUAUGAAUUUCCAAUGUGGUGAAUGGGGGUUGGGGUGAGUCUGGUAUAUCCUUUAGCAUGUAAUAGUUUGUACAAAAAAAAGUAUAUUUUGUAAAUACAUUGUUUGAUUCUUUACUGUGUUUGAUGUUGAGGCUGUAGCUGUCCUGAUUGUAUAGGGAGAAGAGACAUAAAAUAUUUAACACUUUCUUUACGCAGAGGAAAAAAAAAAGGAAAAGGAUGUAUGGAUUAAUUGGCCAAUCUGACACAGGCAGCAUUUGUGCUUCUCAAAAUUAAAAGUGAAUUAUAUUGUA